AUGAACACACACAUCAUUCUCGUUCUUCUAUUAUCUAUUCUCCUGGUUAAUGCACAAUUCAAUCAGACAAGAACAUCAAAUCGUCGUACAAUCGUUCGACCAAUGACCCGAAAUUCUGGUAUAGUGGGACGACGUGGGAGGGGACCUGUGGCACCGGCGCCGCUGAGAAACAAUAAUGGACAUCAGACAGGAAUCAGAGCUCCCGGCUUCAAACCGCCCGUCGGAAUCGCCAAAAAACUCAACGACGCCGUCGAUUUCCGAGCGUUGGCUCGUGUUUUGUUGAAGCAAUAA